CACUGCAUUACACUCCCAGGUGAUUGUCCAGCGAUGCCUCGCCGCUUCGAACCUCACGCACGUCAAGGCCGGCUGCAUCUUCUGCGGCUACCUGAAGCUGCUCCCAAUGUACCUCAUGGUCCUGCCCGGGAUGAUCAGCCGAGUUCUUUACCCCGACGAGGUGGGAUGCGUGAUUCCUGAGCGGUGCAAGGAAAUCUGCGGCACUGAAGUUGGCUGCACGAACAUCGCCUACCCCAAGCUCGUCAUAGAGCUACUACCCAGCGGCCUGCGUGGCCUCAUGCUGGCCGUGAUGCUGGCAGCCCUCAUGUCGUCCCUCGCAUCGAUCUUCAACAGCAGCAGCACCAUCUUCACGAUGGACGUGUGGCGGAGACUUCGCCCACACGCUCGCGAUCGUGAACUCAUGCUGGUGGGAAGAAUCUGGGUGCUGUUCAUCGUUGCCGUCAGCAUUUCCUGGAUCCCCGUGGUCCAGGCUGCCCAGAGCGGGCAGCUCUUUGACUACAUCCAGUCCGUGACGAGCUUCCUCGCUCCGCCCAUCGCCGCCGUGUUCUGCCUCGGAAUGUUCGCCAAACGGGUCAACGAGCCGGGUGCCUUCUGGGGCCUAAUGUUCGGCCUGGCGCUGGGCCUGUCCCGUCUCAUCGCCGGCUUCAUCUACGGCUCCCGGAGUUGUGUCCAACAAUCCUCCACCGCCUCGACGUGCCCGGCGCUGGUGUGCCGACUGCACUACCUCUACUUUGCUCUGAUUCUCUUCGUUGCCACGGGUCUCGUGGCGAUGGUCGUGUCCCUGCUCACGGAGCCCAUCGCCGACAAGCACUUGCACAGGCUCGUGUACAGCCUCAGGAGGAGCAAAGAACCCCGGGUGGAUUUGGACAUGGAGGAGGAGGUGGAGGAGGUGGAGGAGGUGGUGGUGAAGGA